UGCGGGGCAGACUGUGGUUAAGAGCCUGCCAGUGUGGGAUGGGGAUGGGGGUUGAGAGUGUGCCAGUGUGGGAAGGAGAUGGGGCUGAUGAAUGCACAGGCGAUCGUGGUUGGGCAUCCUGCAAUGAAGGGAGAGGCUGGGGGGCCAGGAGGGUAGAGGAGACUGUGGUUAGGAGCCUGCCAAUGUGGGGACAGGACGCAGUGAAAGGUGUGGAGGAGACCAUGAUUAGGAGCCCUGCGGUGUGGGAAGGGGAUGGCUGUAAAGGAUGCAAAGGAGGAGCCCCCCAGCACAAGCAAGGGGAUGUGUGAGAGAUGUGGGAAAGACUGUGGUUAGGAAACUCCCCCCCCCUCCCCCCCAGUGCAUGGAGACAAUCGAAGUGACAGGCACAGAGAAAACUGAGUUAGGAGUUGCCCUAGUGUAGUGAGGAGAUGGGAGUGAACAGCGAGACAUGGGGAUGGCAGUAAGGGCAGAAAAGAUUGUGGUUUUGAUUUGCCCCAGAAAGGGGGAAAGGAUGGAGAGUGAGGGAAGCCGAAAAGACUGAGGUUAGGAGCCACCCCAGAGGGGGCAGGAGAUGAAAAUAAGGUAUGUAGAGAAGAUUGUGGUUACCAACCACCUCUGUGUGAGGAGGAGAUGGGAUAAAGGGCAGAAACAGACAAGACUUUUGUCAGGAGCUGCUUCUUUAAGAGGAAGUGGUGGAAGGAAGAAACAAGUUAGAAGUUAUACCAAUGGGUGGAUAGGUUAUAGUGGUGCAGAGAAAAUUAUGUCAAGGUGCCAUGUCUUUGAGAGCAUGGGAGAGGGCACAAAAAAGACUGAUACAAGAGAGGGUGGACAGGGCAGCAAUGGGGGCAUAGAAGAUUUUAAUUUGGAGCCACCCUCACCUCACCUGUGAAUUGAAGAAGUGGGCCCUAGAUUGGAGGAUGUAGGAGGAGAAGGGGAACUUGGUUAGGAAUAUCCCAGUGCUGAGAGGGGCGAGUACAGAAGAGGCCUUGAUGAAGAGUCAUUCUACGCCUUUGGGUAGUUGAGUGGGUUGAGCAGACCUUGAUCAGGGUAGAGUCACAUCUGAGGUUGGGAAUGCAGGUUUCAGGAGAUAAGACUUUGGUUAGCAGCUCCCUCUCCCUACCCCCUGUGCUUUGUGGAGGUAUGGGGGCAGAUCAGACCUUGGUUUAAAAACUCUUUUCAAUCGGUGCUCUAAAGAAGGUUGAGAGGCAAAGAAACCACCAUAGUGCUGUGGGGAGGGUGUAAAGAAGAGAUUGCUUGUGGGGUGGGGAGAAAAAUGCCACGCGGAUGGGGAAAAAACGCUUGAUAGCAUUACCCCAAGUACUGUGAAAGGUGGGAGGAUGGGAAGGAGAAGACCUUGGUUAGCGUCUACCCCAGAGCUCCCAGCAUGAGGGGGCAGUCAUGACGUUAAUCGGCAGCCACCUUAUACUGUAGGGAGUGGAGACAGAGAAGACCUUGGUUAGCAGUCACCCCAGUGCUGCGGCCGAGUCUGCCUUGUGCAGCAAGAGAGAUCCUAUGAGGAUUUUUAUUGCAGUCUCUUUGUUAGCUACAGACACACGCUCACAGCUUUCAGCCAGGUUGUGGGAGAUUUGCUUCCAAAUAAAUACAUGACCAUGGGGGAUAUGAAGACCCCCGACUUUGAUGACCUUCUUGCAGCCUUUGACAUCCCAGACAUGGUAGAUCCUAAAGCAGCUAUUGAGUCUGGACAUGAUGAUCAUGAAAGCCACAUAAAACAGAAUGCUCAUACAGAUGAAGAUUCUCAUGUGCCAUCAUCAUCUGAUGUUGGUGUGAGCGUCAUUGUGAAAAAUGUACGUAAUAUUGAUUCUUCUGAAGGAGUGGAUAAAGAUGGCCACCAUUCUACAGGCAAUGGCUUGCAUAAUGGUUUUCUAACAGUAUCUGCUCUUGAAAGUUAUGGUAAAGAUGAAGGGAAGUGUCUGAAAGAAGAGGCAUCAGUGUCUGAGGCUACUCUGAAAGACUCAGCUUUCAACCAGUUUAGCCCAAUCUCCAGUGCUGAAGAAUUUGAUGAUGAUGAAAAAAUAGAAGUGGAUGAUCCUCCAGAUAAAGAAGAGAUGCAUGCAAAUUUCAGAGCAAAUGUGUUAACAGGAUCAGUUUCUCAACAGGAAUAUGAAAAACUAAAGACACUGGGAGGGGAAAACUUGAUUAAAUCUGGAAUUCCAGCUUCAAGUAAUCUAGAUAAAAACAAAGUUGUUAAAAGAGACACAGAAACAAACUCUGUUAACUUAAGUGUCUAUGAACCAUUCAAAGCCAGAAAAAUAGAGGACAAGUUGCUGAAAGAUAGUUCUGAAAAGCUGCUUGAAAACAGAGUACUUGAUGGAAAAUUAGGUACUGAAAAAGGUGAAACAAAUCUUGCCAGCAUUUCACAGUCCAAAGCAAAGUCAUCAGCAAAGCUUUCUUCAUGUAUUGCUGCAAUUGCAGCACUGAGUGCUAAAAAGGCAGCUACAGAUACCAGUAAUGAAUUACAAACUACUUCAAGAGAAUCUUCUCCAUUACCAAAAGACAUGAAUGAAAGUCCCCGAGCUAUUGAGAAAUCACCGGAGUCUCAGAGUCUUAUUGAUGGUGCUAAAAAACCAUCUAUAAAACAACCUGAUAGUCCCAGAAGUAUAUCAAGUGAAAACAGUAGCAAAGGGUCUCCAUCUUCUCCUGCAGGGUCAACGCCUGCCAUUCCAAAAGUUCGCAUAAAAACCAUCAAGACUUCCUCUGGGGAAAUCAAGAGAACAGUUACAAGAGUGUUGCCAGAAGUUGAUUUGGACUCUGGCAAAAAGACAGAGCAAACUGCUUCCAUGGUUGCUUCCAUGACAUCUCUCUUGUCUUCUCCAACUUCUGCUGCUGUUCUUUCAUCUCCUCCGAGGGCACCUCUCCAGUCAGCAGUUGUCACCAAUGCAGUUGCAUCUGCAGAACUUGCACCCAAACAGGUCACAAUUAAACCUGUGGCUACGGCCUUUCUCCCAGUUUCAGCAGUUAAAACAGCAGGAUCACAAGUUAUUAAUCUGAAGCUUGCUAACAAUACUACAGUGAAAGCCACUGUAAUAUCUGCUGCUUCUGUGCAAAGUGCCAGUAGUGCCAUUAUUAAAGCUGCUAAUGCUAUACAGCAGCAGACUGUUGUGGUGCCAGCAUCAAGCCUUGCCAGUGCUAAACUUGUGCCAAAGACAGUCCAUCUUGCCAAUCUUAAUCUUCUGCCUCAAGGUGCUCAAACCACCUCUGAACUCCGCCAAGUGCUAACAAAACCUCAACAACAAAUAAAGCAGGCAAUAAUUUCUGCAGCAGCCACACAGCCUUCUAAAAAAGUGUCACGAGUCCAAGUGGUAUCCUCUCUGCAGAGUUCUGUAGUGGAAGCAUUCAAUAAGGUGCUGAGUAGUGUUAAUCCUGUCCCAGUUUACGUCCCAAACCUCAGUCCUCCUGCUAAUGCAGGUAUAACAUUACCAACACGUGGUUACAAGUGUUUGGAAUGUGGUGAUUCGUUUGCUCUUGAAAAGAGUCUGACACAGCAUUACGAUAGACGGAGUGUGCGAAUUGAAGUGACAUGUAACCAUUGUACAAAAAAUUUAGUUUUCUAUAAUAAAUGUAGUCUUCUUUCCCAUGCUCGGGGACAUAAGGAGAAAGGAGUUGUAAUGCAGUGCUCCCAUUUGAUUUUAAAACCAGUCCCAGCAGAUCAAAUGAUAGCCUCUCCUUCAAGCAAUGCUGUUGCACCUUCUACUCUUCAAAGCCCUGUGGGAAUUGGCACACAUACUGUAACCAAGAUACAGUCUGGCAUAACUGGAACAGUAAUAUCAGCCCCAGCAAGUACACCUAUCAUUCCAGCUAUGCCUCUAGAUGAAGACCCAUCAAAACUCUGUAGACAUAGUCUAAAGUGUUUGGAGUGCAAUGAAGUUUUCCAAGAUGAGACAUCACUUGCUACACAUUUCCAGCAGGCUGCAGACACAAGUGGACAAAAGACUUGCAAUAUCUGCCAGAUGCUGCUUCCUAAUCAGUGCAGUUUUGCAUCACACCAGAGAAUUCAUCAGCAUAAAUCCCCAUAUACGUGUCCUGAAUGUGGAGCAAUCUGCAGAUCAGUCCACUUCCAGACCCACGUCACUAAGAACUGCCUGCACUACACACGAAGAGUUGGUUUUCGCUGUGUACAUUGCAAUGUUGUGUACUCUGAUGUGGCUGCACUCAAGUCUCAUAUUCAGGGUUCUCAUUGUGAAGUCUUCUACAAGUGUCCUAUCUGUCCCAUGGCAUUUAAAUCUGCACCCAGCACACAUUCCCAUGCCUAUACACAACACCCUGGAAUCAAGAUAGGAGAACCAAAAAUAAUAUAUAAAUGUUCCAUGUGUGACACUGUGUUUACCCUGCAACCCUUGCUGUAUCGUCACUUUGAUCAACACAUUGAAAACCAGAAGGUGUCUGUUUUCAAGUGUCCAGACUGUUCUCUUUUAUAUGCACAGAAGCAACUUAUGAUGGAUCAUAUCAAGUCUAUGCAUGGAACAUUGAAAAGUGUUGAAGGCCCCCCAAAUUUGGGUAUAAAUUUGCCCCUGAGCAUUAAACCUGCAACUCAAAACUCAGCCAGUCAUAACAAAGAGGACACAAAAUCCAUCAAUGGAACAGAAAAGCUGGAGAAGAAAUCUCCCUCUCCCGCAAAGAAAGCAGAACCCAAAAAAGUAACCAAUCCUGGCUGGACGUGUUGGGAAUGUGAUCGACUCUUCACUCAGAGAGAUGUGUACAUAUCCCACAUGAGGAAAGAGCAUGGAAAGCAAAUGAAGAAACAUCCUUGUCGACAAUGUGACAAAUCUUUCAGUUCAUCCCAUAGUCUAUGUCGCCACAAUCGUAUCAAACACAAAGGCAUUAGGAAAGUUUAUACCUGCUCACACUGCCCAGAUUCACGACGUACUUUUACUAAACGGCUGAUGUUAGAAAAACAUAUUCAGUUGAUGCAUGGUAUCAAAGACCCUGAUGUGAAAGAAAUGACAGAAUCAACUAAUAUAGAAGAAAGUGAUGUAAAAGAAGACACAAAGGUUCCCAGUCCAAAGCGUAAGUUGGAAGAACCUGUUCCAGAAUUCAGGCCUCCAAGAGGAGCAAUCACUCAGCCAUUGAAGAAGUUGAAGAUAAAUGUUUUUAAAGUUCACAAAUGUGCUGUUUGUGGCUUUACAACGGAAAAUCUUCUUCAGUUUCAUGAACAUAUCCCACAGCAUAAAUCUGAUGGCUCUUCGUAUCAGUGCAGGGAAUGUGGCCUCUGCUAUACCUCUCACGUAUCUCUCUCCAGGCAUCUCUUCAUUGUACAUAAGCUGAAGGAACCUCAGCCAGUAUCAAAACAAAAUGGGUCUGGGGAAGAUAAUCAGCAAGAAAAUAAACCCAAUCAUGAAGAUGAUUCAUCUGACAACAUGGCAUCAGACCGAAAAUGCAAAGUAUGCGCAAAGACAUUUGAAACUGAAGCAGCCUUAAAUACUCAUAUGCGAACACAUGGCAUGGCCUUCAUCAAAUCUAAAAGAUUGAGUUCAGCUGAAAAGUGAUCAGAUAUCUGAGAAGCAAAAAUCCCUGUCCACAUUGGAAUAUAAAUGACAUUUUUGUUACAGAAAGUUCUUCAUAUAAUAGUGUUAACAGUACGGUUCAGGCUGUUGCAAUAUAUUCUACAUAAAUGUAUCCUCUUCACCUCCUUGUCUAUACGCUCAAUAAGCAUUAAAACAGUAUUUCAGUUGAAAAGAGUUUGUAUAUAUUUAAACUAACAAUUUUUAUACUCUUUGUUACGUGUUUGUAUUGAUAUUUAGUGAAAAAUCAGUUUUUUUGGUUUUUGUUUGUUUGUUUUGUAGUAAGUUUCUUUAAAACAGAGUUCUUAAUACAGGGGCAGUUGCUUGGGUUCUGUUAAGCUGUUUUAUAUAUAAAAUUAUUCUGAAAGAAAGUUUAGUUAAUGAAACUGCACCAGAAAGCAGUGCUUUAAUGUAUAGGGAAGAUUUUGAAAAGCAAUGGGACUUGUGCUUCUAAAUCUCACAAGCGGUUUUGAAAAUCGGUCCCCAAGAAAUAGUCUGUGUAACUAUAGAGAAUACAGUAUUGAUUUUAGGCAGUAGCACCAGAAAUAGCAGGUGUUUACUAUUCAAGGUGCACACUCCAUAGGAAGUCAUUGCACUUUUGAAAAAAUGUAACUGCACAAUUGGACAUCAGUACAUAAUUUGUUUGGGCAUUGCAAAGGGGUCUUUAAGGUCUCACAAAGUUAAAAUUGUUACAAAAGGGCUGGGCUGUUGUGAUCAAACAAAUAUGGUAUAAUUAAAUAUGUUUUAUAAUUAUGGUGGAUUUUAUCAUGUAAAUUAUUUAACAUUAUAUAGAAGUGAGUACAAAGCAUUGUACAGCAUUGUGUAUUUUCCUUUUUUCUGGCUUUUGAAAGAAAACAGUUUAAUUCCUUGGCUGCAUGAGUUGGUAUUUCCCAUCUCUGUAUGCUAAUGCCAAAUGUUCUGGUGCUCAAUGUUAUGUCAAACCACAACUGUCAAGAAGGUAAUAAACCAGCCUAUUUAAGUAAAAGUUGGGCUUUCAACAUUAGCACAGACCAUCUGAAACUAGUUCACUCAUUUCAAAAAAUAUACCUAAUGAACUGGUUAUGUUUUCUUGAAGUACAGAAAAGGUACCAUACUGUCCCUUUCAUAUAGAGUUCUCUGUGAGAGUUAUAUUUUUGUUUGUUUGCUUUUGCAUUUUCUACCUUGUAUGUAUCCCUAAACAAAUUUUGUACCUUUUUUAAAAAAAAUUGUGUAUAUAUAGAUAUCCGCAUGAUAUACUGUAGUAAUUGUUCAGUUCUUUAAAAGUCUUGCUGCUGUCAAAUGUUACUAUACACUAUGUCCAUUAUAACUGUAUUAAACACAUUUCAUAUGUAAAUAAAUGUGAAGCAUUUUGCCUCUAAA